AUGGCCAAUAAAGUCUCUCCAAUAAGGAAACCUGCCUCCUCUGCAGCAUCCACUAUGGCAUCCGAAGCGAAUGGAGUUGCAAAUGGCGAGUCAAGCGAGUCUAAGUCUGUCUCAACAGGAUUUGCUUUCCAUGACUCUCCAAUUGGUGGCACUAGUGUCAACAAAGAUGGCCAUAUUGACUGGUCUGACUCGUUUCACGGGUUGGGACAGGCAGCGUUCCCCAAAGAGGUGAAUGAUAUAUUGCUCGCGCCUCUUAAAGACGAGGAUAUCGAGAUCAAGCCGGACGGCCUUCUUUAUUUGCCUGAAAUCAAGUAUAGACGAAUUCUUAAUAAGGCAUUCGGGCCUGGAGGUUGGGGUCUUGCCCCAAGAACAGAAACUUUCAUUACACCAAAACAGGUGAGUAGAGAGUACGCGUUGAUAUGUCAAGGACGUUUGGUAUCUGUGGCUAGAGGUGAACAGGAUUAUUUCGGAGGAGAAGAGAAGCUCACCACAGCUCUCGAAGGUUGUAAAAGUAAUGCUUUGAUGAGAUGCUGCAAGGACUUGGGGAUUGCAAGCGAAUUGUGGGAUCCUUCAUUCAUUCGUACCUGGAAGAAGAAAUAUUGUGAUGAGAUGUUUGCUGAGCAUGUUGUCACGAAGAAGAAGAAGAAAUUGUGGAAGCUCAAGUCCAAUAACUUCGAAUACCCUUAUAAAGCUUGUUAG